GCCAGUUCAACACCAGGCAGGCAAAAGGGAUGAUUGCAGCUGCUGAACAGGAGCACACAGAGUUUGGCCGCGUGGAGUGCAGCUCACAUAGAGAGAGGAGGAAGACCUGUUCAGAAAGGUGGAGAUCUAUUGGAGUAAAGAAGAUUCCCAGAGUUUUAUGAGAAAGUGCCUGUCAAAGAAAGUGCUGGGAGGCAACACGCGAGAGGGCACACACACGUACACUGUACCCUCCCAGCAUGGACCGAGACAGUCACAGCGAGGAUACCUUGUCCACCAUGGUUCUGGAGAACAUCAAAAACAAACUGAUUCAUGCCUUCAGGGCAACAGGAGAGUCCAGAGUGAACCCUCAAGACUCUGGAUCCACUGUCAGACCCGUAAGCAUCAGCAGGAGUUACCAAGCCAACGAAGAGCUGCGGAGGGCGCAGAUAGAUGGAGCGAUAACCUGGCUGAGGUCUGAACUGCUGGAGAUGCGCUCACAGGACCUCCAGCUGGCUCAGACACUACUGGGGCUCAACACAGAGAUCCAAAGACUGAGGAGGGAGAGUUUUGGAGGUGUGGAAGUAGAGGGGGAGGAUCAGCAGUAAUCGGCCCCAGUAAAGAGACCUUUCUUUGGCUGAAGACUUCUUGGAACCUAUAGUCCUAAUGCAACUGAACAGAAAAUAUUGAAUCAAUUGUCUUGGCUCAUUGUAAAAUGUGUCAUGGUAAAACUAGACAACUGUUGCAUGUGAAGUCAUUUGGGUAGAGGAGAGUUAAAUGAGCGCUUUUGUGUAAUGCUGGCAUUGUUUUUGAAUAGAUCUUUUGCACUUAUGCAGAGUUGUACUAAAGACACCUGUAUGUAAAUGUUUUGUUAGGUCAUAGAACAAGGCCGUAUGAAUGUAAAACUGAAAUAGAAAACCACAUUGUCCAAAUUCUAUGUUGACAUGUUUUGUGAUUUGACAAUAAAUACAAUUUGCACCAUGA